AUGGACCCCAACCAACGCGCCUCCACGGCAGAUUCUGCCGGCGGAGACUAUAUCGACGACCCCAUCCUGGAACCUGGACCAGACGGGAGGAUUGAAAUGGCUCAGGAAGAGAUAGACGCGAUCAUCCGCAACAAGAGAAAGGUGCGGGACCCUAAGGCGUGCUAUGCAUGCCAUCGCCGGAAGGUCAAGUGUGAUAGGAACCUGCCCUGCGACUCCUGUGUCAAGAGAGAUCACCCUGAGCUGUGUUCCUAUGAGCGACCAACCAAGAAGCGGCGUAUUGCCCUGAGUGGUGCCUUGGCCCAACACGACGGCGUUGGGUCCGAAAGCCCAAUCCAGCAACAGACUGGUCCCAACAUUACGGUGCCGCGGGAACAAUGGGAGCGACUGAACAGAGAACUGCAGCAACUGCGUGGUGUGGUAGUCAAAACUGAAGAAUUGUCUCCGGCCUUGGUGCAGGCAGAAUUGGACGACCCAAACCCUACUGGGACACAUAGCCGUGGGGACGAGACUGAGAGAGAAGGAAUUCAUGCUCCCAGUAAUCAGAUGGGCACAAUGCAUCUGGGUUCGAGGUCCGUUCUAGCCUACAUGAUGGGACUUGGCCGGAGCAGGUCGGCUCAAGACACUGCGAAAUCCUUGCUGGAAGAAAACAUUCUCCCAAAGCUUGGACUGGAUAACGAGAGCGCUACCUAUCCAUUUGUCGACUUGUGGAGUACUGAUUCAAGCAUACAAGAUGUGAAUGGUCUGUGCAAGGCCAUUCCAGAUGACGAGCUGUGCAAUGAAUUCUUCGUCGCUUACCGCGAUAUCGCCUGCACCAUAUACCCCGUCGUUCCGGAUACCUCCAGCUUCGAGGACACAUUGCACUAUAUGCUUUCUAACCGCGCUCGUGCUUUGCGCGACAACCUCGAACUGGAUCCCAACAAGCCGUAUGGGGUAACCUUGCCCUGGCUGUCACUGGUGUUUGCUGUCUUUGCGUCCGGGUCCCAGUCAUCGGACCGGCCUGCAAAAGAGAGAGAACUCACAUCUCAAGUCUACAUCUGCUGUUCCUAUCAGGCGCUUCGCAUGUCUAACUUUCUGACACAUCCUUGCCUGGAGACUAUUGAAGCCUCUUUGAUUAUUGGAAACGUUCUGUCCUACAACAUGAAUCCCGGGGUGGCGUAUAUCUUCCUGGGCAUGACGCUACGCAUGGCUUUCUCGAUUGGAUUGCAGAUCAAUUCGCAACAAUUCACAGAUGCCGAGAAAUGGACUCGUCGACGAAUCUGGUGGGCCCUUGCUUGGCAAGAUUCCCAUUUCGCGGUCAGCUACGAUCGGCCUACCUCGAGCGUCCUGUGUAUUCCAGAUAUCCCUUACGGCAAGUUUAGUUCUCCGGGUGAUCGGAGCUACGCGGAAAGCAUGUUCGCCAUUAUCCGACUGACGCAGGAAAUCAUCCGUGAGCGUCUGCUACAUCCUCGAUCUUACAUGACCUGGGAUAGAAUACAGAAGUACACCGAAGAGAUCAAUAGCAUCGUGUCACAAGGUGCCGCCCACCUCCGGAAUCGUGACCUUUGCUAUAGAAUGACACAACACCUUGAACGUCUCGCGUUGAAACUCCACAGCUGCUAUAUCACGAGUGAGCUGUGCCGGCCUGCGCUGAAAGCUCCACCUCCACCUCCAGGUGAUAACUUGACACCUGUCCAGUCGCCCCCUGGCAGUCGGCGGAGGACUUCGGGCACAACUGCUCAGUCUCCAAGGUCGAAUUCUUUCGAUGCAGCGGCCGUUGCUCAGUUUCGGACUCUGUGUGUGCAGAGCUUGGAGGGUACAGUCGAGGCUUACGUGGAAUUGCAUGGCUUGAGCAAGUUCGCAGCCCGAUCCUGGAUCGGAAUCCAACGCUCCAUCUCCGCCGCUUUCCUGCUAGGGACCCUUCCCGAGACAAGUCGUGACACGCGACGAUUGUCUCUCCUGCGAGAGUUGGAGGCCGUCGUCUCGCAACGUACGCAGGAAGAUCCGACAUUCGAUCUCCCUCAGGAUGCGAGUCCCGAGGCUAAUCGCCGCUUCUCUCAGGAAGAUCCACCACCACUUGCAGAGUCUCCACAUUGGGCGCGCAGCAUGGCCAAAUCACUCAACGCGUUGGGCAAAUUGAACGCUGCAUUGGCGGGACCGAGAUCAUCAAACACGAACAAAUUCCCAGGUAUCACAUAUGGGCAACCAGGGUCGAAUCAUUUUAUUGGGACUUCAUCUGGCUUGGCAACCAGUUCAUCAUCACCGACAAUACAAUCACGGUCGUCUCAGUACCCGCCGCUCUCAGGUGCCCAGGAGGAGACAUACUCACCGUCACUCAAUACCAGCAAUACAAUCCUGGGGCUCGGCGGUGGUACCACCCUCGCAAACAUGGGGUCGUCGCUGGGACCCAUCACGCCUGACAGCACGGGGAGUUCGGGAGAUUGGAAUUUUGGUAAUAUGCACGAGAGGGCAGCGGAGUAUGUGCAGGCGCCGCUUUGGGGGGAUAGUGGGAUGGGGAGUUUUCUGGGGUAG